CGAUUGUGUUUUUUUCAUCAGUUUAAACUGAGGUCAGUCAGUCUGGAAACAGCGAGACGAAGCAGGUUAAUGCAACUCUUGAACUACUACAUUAUUCCUGCGUGUUUAAAGUGUUUUGGUCCGUUGAUCGACAUCGUUUAAUUAGGGCUGCGGGGAAAAUGAGACUUCGCUCGAGAAAUAUUUUAAAUGAAAACCCACCGACACCGUCCCGCCGCCGUCGAGCCACUCCGGAAAGCCCGAGCCCUCAGACGCCACUGGUCAAGAACCAGGAUGAAGUAAAACUUCUUCAAGACUGCCCGAAUCUGGAUCCUGAUGACGUCCCAACAGCAGCCAAACGUCCACGGAGGAGGAGAAAAGCUUUGUCAACUGUUGACAGUAAAGAGUCAGAUUUCAAGACUCCAGUCCGUCACCUUCGGGAAAGGCAUUCCUUAUUGAAUCCUGCUGCUCGGAGCCUCUACUCUCCUGCAGUUCACUUUCUCACACCACCAAGAGACAGUGAGCAUCCAAACACAAGUCCCAUCUUCAGUCCUGAACACUGUGUGUUUGGCUACAGCGCUGCCAGUCCUCUUUCAGAGGAUGAGGAGAAUGAGGAAGUGUUUAGCCCCUUCACAUUCAUUAAGAACAUUCCGAACCGUUCACAACAGUCCAGGCCCGUCUCAGCAGUGCGGGACAUUCCGCCCAAGACGAGGAGCACACCUGCUGCUACCCUUGUGCUCGAUUUGGAUGAAACACUCGUGUUCAGUUCACUCAAUGUGAUUGCUGACGCAGAAUACACCUUCAGUACCCACUUUCAAGAUCACAAGUACAAGGUCUACGUGAUCCUCCGACCAUAUGUGAGAGAGUUUCUACAAGCCAUGACCAAACAUUUUGAGAUGUUUGUUUACACCUCUGCAAAAAAGGAAUAUGCAGAGAAGAUCGUAGAUAUAUUGGACCCUAAUAAAAAGCUCUUUAGACAUCGUUUGUAUCAGGAUGAUUGUGCCUGUGUGCUUGGACACUACAUUAAAGACUUGACUGUUCUGGAGAGAGACUUGUCAAAGACUGUCAUCCUGGACAACGCCCCCCACACCUUCCCAUACCACCUGAUGAAUAUGAUUCCCAUAAAGAGCUGGAUUGGAGAUCAAGAGGACCGUGAGCUGCAAAAGCUCAUUCCAUACAUGGAGAAACUAGUGCAUGCGGAUGACUUCAGAAAUGUCUUAAAGAAGAGAACUGACCACUUUCACAGGCUGCUUUCUGAAGACUAAAACCUGCAUCAAGUGUAAUUACAUGUACAGCAUCCUAAUAAAUGCAGUGAAGUUA